AUGGGCUCUACUCAAGAAGUCGAUCCACCGGGUCAGGAAACUGUGCCCAACAUCAUCGACAUUCGUUCUGACACUGCCGGCUUUGAGUUGAAGAAACUCAUCAAAGACGGACUGAAUACCCAGGAUGGCAGUGAACGGACUCUCCCGACAUUGCUCCUGUACGACAACAAGGGCCUGAAGCUCUUCGAAGACAUCACAUAUCUGGAGGAAUACUACUUGACCGGGCAGGAGAUUGCCGUGUUGGAGAGGCAUGCGGUCAGCAUGGCCGAGAGAAUCCCGCAGGAUGCCAUACUGCUUGAAUUGGGUAGCGGCAAUCUCCGGAAGGUGAAGAUCCUUCUCGAUGCGCUGGAACGGGCUGAGAAGCGGGUCUCGUACUAUGCAUUGGACUUGAUGCAUUCCGAGCUUGUCCGCACUCUCGCCGCGGUGCCAAAGGGCGCCUUCAAGCAUGUACAAUGCUUUGGUCUGCAUGGGACAUACGAUGAUGGUCUUGAAUGGCUGAAGAAGCCAGAGAAUGCCGAAAAGCCGAAAGCAAUCUUGUCGAUGGGCUCAAGCAUUGGCAACUUCAACCGUGAAGAAGCCGUUGGAUUUCUCGCCCAGUUUGCUGGCAUCCUCCAGCCGAACGACACGCUGAUCAUUGGCAUCGACGCCUGUCAAGAGCCUGACACAGUGUAUCAUGCGUACAAUGACAGAGACGGUGUCACACACCAAUUCAUCAUGAAUGGACUGUCGCAUGCCAACGACUUGCUCGGCUACGAGGCUUUCGCCCCGGACGACUGGCAAGCUAUGGGCGAGUACGACACGGUAGGCGAGCGACAUCGUGCGUUCGUCAUCCCCCAAAAGGACAUGCAGAUUGAGGGCGUAUCUCUCAAGGCUGGCGAGAAGAUUCGCAUUGAGGAAUCGUACAAGUACAACCACGACCAAGCUCUGACCUUGUUCACCAAUGCCGGACUGGUUGAAGGAGCGAGGUUCACCAACUCUGCCGGAAGUUAUGCUUUGCACAUGCUUGCCAAGCCCAUCACAGCCAUGUUCCCAGUCAAGCCAGAAAUGUUCCAACCAGUGCCAAGUCUCAGAGAAUGGCAGGAUCUCUGGUUGCUUUGGGACAAAGUUACGCGCCAAAUGAUUCCCAAUGAGGAGCUUUUGCACAAACCGAUUAAGCUUCGAAAUGCAUGCAUUUUCUAUCUGGGCCAUAUUCCGACGUUCUUCGACAUCAAGAUCUGCGAGGCUACAGGAAUGAAGCCCACGGAGCCGGAGUAUUUCCGUAAGAUCUUCGAACGAGGCAUCGAUCCGGACGUCGACAAUCCGGAGCAUUGCCACGCCCAUAGCGAGGUUCCCGACAGCUGGCCGGAGCUGGACGUGAUUGUCGAGUAUCAGAAGAAGAUCCGACAGAGAGUCGUUGAUCUGUACGAGUCUGGUCAUGCCACCGAAGAAUCCUGGACUGGACGAGCGCUAUGGCUUGGGUUUGAGCAUGAGGUGCAGCACCUUGAGACUCUGCUUUAUAUGAUGGUCCAGAGUGACAAGACUCUGCCGCCUGAGGGUGUGAUCAAGCCAGACUUUGAGCAGAUGUCAAUCCAGGCCGAAAGAGAGUCGGUUCCCAACCAGUGGUUCGAUAUUCCCGAACAAACUCUUACCCUGGGACUGAACGAUCCAGAUACACCCGACGGGCCAGUAAGACAUUUUGGAUGGGAUGUUGAGAAGCCUCGGUAUACCGUAAAGGUUCCUGCGUUCAAAGCUCAAGCACGACCCAUCACGAAUGGAGAGUUCGCCAAGUACCUCAUCGACAACAACAAAGAUGACAUCCCUGCUUCAUGGAUGGACCACAAAGUUUCGGAAUCAAAUGAAGCAAAUGGACUCUCCAACGGCCAUGCUGCGUUUCACGCAUUCGUCCACGACAAGGCUGUACGUACGGUGUACGGCCCGGUGCCGCUUCGCCUGGCACUCGACUGGCCCGUGUCGGCCUCAUACGACGAACUUCAUGGCUGCGCCAAGUACAUGGGAGGACGCAUCCCAACCGUCGAAGAGGCACGCAGCAUAUACACUUAUGCCGCAACGAUGAAGAAGACUGACGCUUUGAACGCGCUUGGAAAAACAAUCCCUGCAGUCAACGGACAUCUCGUGAACGACGGUGUGGAGGAGUCGCCACCACACAAGCCUUCUAUCAACGGUUCCGGCGCUGCAGCUGGUCCAUCCUCCGAGGAGCUCUACGCCGAUCUCUCCACGGCGAACGUAGGCUUCAAAUAUUGGCACCCCAUGCCUGUCACUCCAAAUGGCAACAAGCUUGCUGGACAGGGUGAAAUGGGUGGUCUGUGGGAGUGGACCAGCUCAGUGCUGGACAAAAGAGAGGGCUUUGAGCCGAUGAAAUUGUACCCAGCGUACAGCGCCGACUUCUACGACGAGAAGCACAACAUCAUUGUUGGUGGCUCGUGGGCCACGAUGCCUCGAUAUGCAGGUCGAAAGACUGUCAUCAACUUUUACCAGCGUCGGUACCCAUAUGCCUUCGCAGGCGUGCGUCUGGUCAAAGACAAUUGA